ACAGCGCCUGCUUGAGCCUGGAGGAGGCCUACUACAACCAGGAAUGGCGGCGCCUCGUGCUGUCCCCCUUCCACCACGUCGACAUCGGUCACCUUGUCUUCAACAUGGCCUCGCUCUUCUUGAAGGGGCGUACGCUGGAGCGCAGGAUGGGCAAGCUCUGGUUUGCCUACCUGCUGUCCGUCUUCUCCCUGCUCACCGGAUUGGUCUACCUGCUGCUGGAGGCGGGCCUACCGAAGCUGAUGGACAACAGGCAGUAUGCCAUGCUGCUGGAGGCCGGCCUGCCAAAGCUGAUGCACGAUGGGGAGUGUGGCGUAGGGUUCUCAGGGGUGCUGUUUGGCCUGAGUGUGGUGAAUAACCCCUGGGGAGUCACUGAUGUCUUGGGGGAGCUGUUCUUCAUACACUUCCUGAUCCCUAGAUCAAGACCUCACGCUUGCAGAGAGCGCUGAAUGAGAAACGGCCAGAGGUCUU